GUGUGGCCGCGUACGCACGAGGCAUGAUAGCUCCCCACUCAGCUGCUCGAGCUCGACGGCAAUUUCUGAACGCCCACCUUGGCUUGUCUUGGACGCUGGAGCCCAGCGCCGUGCCAACCACCGUUUCAAUCCUCACCACGAUUGACCAUUACGUUCCGCAUCAGCUGCCGCAGUCCAGCAACCACUUUCCCCAAUGGCCGCGCGGCCGGCCGCGGCCACCUCCCUCCUCGUCUUCCUUCUCUCGUGCUCCUGCCCGGCGGCUCAGGCCAUCAGGACGCAUGGCCGUGGCUACGUCUCCGCGGUCGGGGACCCUGGCAUGCGGCGCGACGGCCUCCGCGUGGCCUGGGAAGCCUGGAACUUCUGCAACGAGGUUGGGCAGGAGGCCCCCGGGAUGGGCAGUCCCCGCGGCGCCGAUUGCUUCGAUCUCGACUCUAGCGUAGACGAGCACGGCCAGCCGGUGUACGAGGUGCUGCACAGGGUAACCGACGCCGACAACAAUCUCCGCACGGGCGACCCGUUCCCCGGAGCGCCGGCGGAUGAGACCGUCACCGACAUCGACCGGUACGCAGCGGCAAAGGAGCUCUACCUCGGCGACCGGUGCCAGGUGUCUGACGACCCGGCGCCGUGGCAGUUCUGGAUGGUCAUGCUCAAGAACGGCAACCUCGAUACCACCGCGGCCAUCUGCCCGGAGAACGGCCGCCCGGCGCGCCCGUUCCCGCAGACGUCCCGGUUUCCGUGUCCCGGAGGGGCUGGGUGCAUGAACCAGCCGCUGGUGUUCCACAACUACACCGCGCUCGACGACGGCGGCCGGUGGCUGCGCGGUGGUCUGUUCGGCACAUAUGACCUGGACGCGGCGGAUCUUGAGAGCAAUGAUGUGUCGUACUACUCGGUGACGUGGGAGAAGGAGGUUGCGGCGAGCGGCGGCAGCGGGUGGGCGUUCCACCACAAGCUGGUGACGUCGAGGAAGUACCCGUGGCUGAUGCUGUACCUGCGCUCCGACGCCACCAGAGGAUUCUCCGGCGGAUACCACUACGACACCAGAGGCAUGACCAAGAUUGUGCCGGAAUCACCGGACUUCAAGGUGCGGGUGACCCUGGAGGUGAAGCAGGGCGGCGGGCCCAACAGUCAGUUCUACCUGAUGGACAUGGGCAGCUGCUGGAAGAACGACGGUCGGCCCUGCGACGGCGACGUGGCCACCGACGUGACGCGGUACAGCGAGAUGAUCAUCAACCCGGAGACGCCGGCGUGGUGCCGCCCCACGCGGAUCGACCAGUGCCCGCCGUGGCACACGUUCCGGAACGGCACCCGCGUGCACCGCAAGGACACCGCGCGGUUCCCCUACGGCGCGUACCACGUCUACUGCUCCCCCGGGAAUGCGCGGCACGCCGAGCAGCCGACGACGUACUGCGACCCUUACAGCAACCCGCAGCCGCAGGAGAUCCUGCAGAUCGUGCCCCAUCCUGUGUGGGGCGAGUUCGGGUACCCCACGGCGAAGGGGCAGGGCUGGGUCGGCGACCCCAGGGCCUGGGAGUUGGACGUCGGGGCAAUGUCGCACGCGCUCUAUUUCUAUCAGGAUCCAGGCACGCCGCCGGCGAAGAGGCGAUGGACGUCGCUAGACGUAGGCACGGAGAUAUACGUCAGCGAGAAUGCCGAGGCAGAGUGGACGUUGAGUGGGUUCGACAUCCUUGUGCCCGACAAUUGUAUCAAGUCACAGGAAGGAACCGGCAAUAGUUGUUGGUAGCUUAGGUGAAGGGUUGUUCUCACAGAUGGCAUUCGCUUGCAAGCAACACAUAUAGCCGAUCUUAUCAAUGGGAAUAUAUCAUUUCCUUAAGCAA